AUGCUGUUUUUGUGGGUUACUGUGAAGCAAAGCUUUCAGGAGGUCACUUCUCUGGCUCUAGAUGUUUUUAUCACCGGUCAGAGAAAAGGCUGGAGAAGAACUGCUCUCCUCAUCUCCACCUGCAGCAUAUCAAGCCUCCUGCUCAGCUCUCUGCUCCUCCUCUACCUCCUCUUCACUCUGGACUACGAGCUCUCAGUGGCUGGAGGGAUCGCCGGCUGCUUCUGGGUUCUGCUGACUUCUGCCUCUGUCCUGUCCAAAAGAGUGAGGUGUUUGGGAACUCUGUUCGUAAUUUCUAUUUUCAUGAAGAAGAGUCGGAACCUGCUUCUGACAGCUGGAACAAGUUUAGUUGUUCUGAAAAAUAUAAAGAACACUGUGGAGAACCUCAAACGUCUGGUCCAGAGUAUGAUCUGCAACCUGAAGGCAAAGAAAGCGUCCAUCACUGCUCCGUUCAGUAACUACAUCAAGAUGUUGAAGUGGAUAGGAAGCUUACUCAAAGGGGUUACAGAUCUCGAUGUGGUCAAAUUCAACUCUCAGCUCAAAGUUUCCCCCAGAAUAGAAUCGGAAAACUUCAAGCUGAAACUGAGCGAGGCAGAGGAGAAGCUGAAUGAGACGGUGAAACACGUUCAGGCCGUUGUGGCUACAGUCUCCUCGGUUUCUGAGAGGCUACUUCCUGCCGUCAGCUUCCUCGUGCUCAUGCUGGUCAUAGCCCUUCACAUUAAGAAAUACUGCAACAACGUGAAGUAUGAAAACAGGUUCAUCAGCAGAAAGUUUGUCCUUUUUGAUGAGAAGCAGAAGGCUGAAGGAAAGCCUCACGUCCUCCCCCUCACAGCAGAGGAGGAGAAGCUGUACCCCUUCAUCCCCUCGGCUCGUCCCACCAUCAGAGAGGGGAAGGCUGUUCUCAGAUUCGGAGCCCCAGUGAUCUCCCACGUUGUCACCUGGAUCAUUUUCAUGACCGUGGAUGCCUUAUUGUACUGCUUCAUUGAUAUAGUUACAAAAAAGUUAUCAGAGCUGAAGCCUUUCCACGUCCCCCUGAUCAUUAGUUUUAAAGGGGUUGCAACUUUUAUCGGCAUACCAUUUGAUAAGGAAAACCAACAGAAGGACUUUUCUUACUCUGUGACCCUGUUUGAGGAAGAGUGCCUCCCUGAGCCUGAGCUGCUGCUGUUUAACUCGGUGUUCCCCCUCAGCGCCAUCCUCCUCACCCUGCUCAUCAUGUCUCUGAUGGCAGCUAAAGUUUCCCAGCUCCGACUGAUGGUCUGCGAACGAUUCUUUACCGCCACGGGAGACACGAGAGUGGAGUACCUUCAUCGCAAAAUCCUGAGGAGGAGGAGAAAACUGAGGAUGGAAAAUGACGACUGUAGCUUUAAAUCAUUUAUUGUGAAGCCACAUUUCUGGUGCCCGAUGCUCUUCUGUCCCAAAGACGAUCCUCAGAGCAUUGCUUAA